UCCUCCACAUGAACUCGCCGGAGUUUCCAGCCGGCGGAACCCCACCGUCGAAGAAAGAGCUUCAAAUACAAGGCCCACGCCCUCCUCCUCUCAAAGUCAGCAAAGUAUCCCACAAAAUCAAGAAGCCGCCACUGCCUCCGCCGCCACCGAUCGCACACCAUCACGCGCCGCCGGAACAACAACAACGGGAACCCGUGAUAAUCUACUCCGUGUCUCCCAAAGUAAUCCACGUCACCCCUGGCGACUUCAUGGACGUCGUGCAGCGGCUCACCGGAGCCUCCUCCGACGAGCCCUCAGCCGGACGAGGAGACUUGUCGCCGGCGGCGAGACUGGCCUCAAUCGAGAAGACAAGUCCCUCGGAGAAGGAAAGAGAAAGGGUUUUUCAGAGCGGAGAUGAUGAUAUGAUGUUGAUGUUGGGAGAAGGAGUGGAAAUGGGUCAAUUUCCCGGUAUAUUGUCGCCGGAGCCGGGAACCUUGCCGCCGAUUCCCCCGGAAGUGUUUUCGCCGGUGAGUGAGGCUCAAACAGUGUCGUAUUUGAACGAUUUUUGGUCAGCGAGUAGCUUCAUGGCGAGUCCUUCGGGUUUUCUUUCCGUAGCCGUGGUUUCUCCGCAACCGUCACCGAACUUGUUCAGCCUAUUCGAUUAUUAG